UAUAAUAGUGACACUGAUGACAAGCCAAUUGCCCCUCAACACUCUCCUCCUCCCGCCUCUCUCUCAACCGCCACGGACGGAGCUUCAGUCGCCGGACUCCACCAGUUCUCUCUGAUCUCUCGGCCUCGCAUCCUUUCCGGGUGAGAUCAUAGCCUCCUCUUGAACCCCAAUUCCUGUACAGGAAGCAUUGGAUCAGGUUUUCUCUCGAGGACACGAGGGGUCAUGGAUUCUGAAGAUUGCCCUGGUUUAGGAGGGCGGCCUGAGGAUGAGGGGGCUGCGGAUUCGGAGAUGACCCAUUUGGUUCCUGAAGAUGGACAGCAAGUCAAUGCUCCGGGAAGCAGCGCCGAGGGUCGAGGUAAUUCUUCUUCUGGACGUGCUGGCGUUCUCGCCGUGGAUGGGCCAGUUGUGAUUCGCACCGAGUUAUCCGAGCCUUAGUUUCUUUUCAAGAGGGUCUUGACGGAGAGGGUUUUGAAAGAGGAGUUGGGUAAGAACGGUGGUAAGCUUAUAGUCAUGGCGGUGCACGCGGUUAUGCAGGAAUCGUGUUUCGUCGCGCUUGAUCCGCCGGCGACCGGAAUGCCUGCUGCGGAUCGGUUAUGCAGGAAUCCGGUUUCGUUGCGGUAUAGUCUGCCUGAGCUUGUGGCUAGGAGCCAGGGUCUGAACAUGCCCGAGAGUGUAACUUUGACGUUUCAGAGCCCAGGUCAUUUCAUCACUGUCUACGGAUCUUUGGCUAAUGCCAACUUGGGUUUGCCUAGAGUCUUGGCGGGUUUGCCCAGGGUCUGUUGUUUGGAUAUGCGCAGCUUUGCUCCUACUGUCGAGUUGAUGCGGAUGUGGGCGAAAGGCGAUGACAAUAAUGAUAUGGAAGCGGAUGAGGAUGGUGGUUUUUGGUGUUCAUAUCCCGUAAAAAGAAUGUUCGAGUUCUGGAGGAUUGUGAAAGAUUACUUGGCAUUGCCACUGUUACUAGACCUAGCCGAAAGUGUUGGUUUGUCGCUCCCGUCUUAUUUCACAUGCCUUCCCACGGAACUGAAGCUCAAGAUUUUCGAAUCGCUCUCUGGUGUUGACCUAGCAAGGGUAGGGUGUGUGUGUUCGGAACUUCGCUAUUUGACAUCCAGUAAUGACUUGUGGAAGCAGAAGUACAUGGAUGAGUUUAAAAGGAAGAGUAGAGAAAGCCAAGGGAUGAUCGAUUGGAAGCAGCGUUUCGCACGGUCGUGGAAGAGGCGAAUAGGGAGAUACUCAUAUCGCCGCAGAUUCCGUCAUUGGUGGCAAAGAAGAAGGGAAGAGGGAGAUACUCAGUUGGUCGCAGACCCCUUUACAAGUGGACCGGCAAGGGUGCGAAUGCCUUGUGGUUUCGAGAAUUAUAGUCGGUGAUUACAAUCGGUUAUCUGGUCUUGGGUUCCACCCCCUUUCAGACAGCCAUUUCGUGAAGCUCAACUCUUGCUGAAAGAUUUUGAAUAGAUCUUGAUGACUGUCGCCCAAUGGCUGCUGAGAUAUUAUGGCACUGGACGUAUAUGAAAUGGUUGCUGUAAAGAUAGAAUUAGCACUUAGCAUGAUGAGGAUGUGUGCGGAGGUUGAAGUUUUACUGUCAAUUUAGUUUGACAGAAGUCUUCGCUUUCCAUGUUACCUACCGAUACUGACUAAUCCAUUGUACAUGAAGUUGUGUGUUCUUGACAAUUACUUUCUUGUUUCAAUGGAGUUUAUUAGAGGUUCUCUUGGCAGAAUAAAGUUGAUUAAAGUUUUUCCUUU